UUUAUAUAUUUAAUUAUAUCUUGUUAUGAAUUUUGUUGUUUUACUGAAAUUUCUGUACAAUAUGGUGCAAUGGUCAUAUUAUAAUGGAAGGAAUUCUGAUUGUGGAUGAGUAAGAUAGCCACCAUUUUUAGCUCUCCACUUCAGAAGCAACAGCUUAUGUCAUCUUCCAGGCAGAAAAAAAAGGAUAAGAAAUAAAUUUUUGUACUCAAUUAUUCUAAGUACAAUUCUAAAACCUUUAAUGGGCUGAGUUUAGUGUUUUUCUUAGUGAGUGUACAAGAAUUUUCAAUUUCAAUGGCGGAAAAUUCAAACAAAGCUUCAUCAGAACCGUCUUCACCAAAGACACCACCGGUUGAAUCUCCUAGGAAAAAUAAUGCAUUCAUUAGUAGAUUCUUAUGUUUUGGCACCACUUGUAAAGGAAGUCCGACUCUGAGACUAAGAAGGCGUCUUAGAGGUGAUGUUGAGGAGGAGUUUCAGUAUGCUAGCUCUGAUUGCUUGUCAUCAUAUUAUAGUGUUUUUGUGGUCCGCCUUGCUAUUAUGGCUCUUCUGGCAAUUUUGAUAGGGAUGCUAACUAUACUAACAUGGCACUUUACUCGCGUCUACACUACAAAAUCCUUGGAUAACCUUGCUUCUGGACUUCGUUAUGAGCUCCUUCAACGUCCCUUGUUACGAAUGUGGAAUAUAGUUAACUCCACAGUUGAGGUAACAACAGCACAGGUUAACCUCUCAGAGCUUAUCUUCAAAAAGUACAACACCAAGCCAGUAGUUCAAGAAAAUCAAGUUGAGUUAUAUCAAAUGAUGAAGGAUGUAAUGUGGGCGCUAUUUGCAAGUCACAAAGCACUUAAUUCAAUGACAAUAAAUUAUAGGAACGGGUUUAUCCAGGCUUUCCAUAGAGAUCAUAGAAACAACAAAACUUUCUACAUCUAUUCUGAUCUUGCAAAUUAUUCAAUAAGUGCUGCCUCCUAUGAAGUGAGCAAGGUUUCUUCUCAUCAGCUUUGGAAUGAUCAGUCAAUACAAGGAAACCUUUCUGCAAUCUGGUAUCGUGAGCUACUUGAUCCUGUCAGUGGUGAGAAGAUAGGAAAGCAAGAGCAAAUUCCUCCUGACGACUUGAUAAAUGUUGCUGGACCUUCACAAGUACCUGAUGGAGUUGCUUCGUGGCAUGUAUCAGUGAGCAAGCAUACAGGUUCACCUUUGCUUUCUGCUGCACUGCCUGUAUGGGACCCUUCCAAUGAGAGUAUAGUUGCUGUUGUGGGUGUUACGACUGCACUGUAUAGUGUCGGACAGUUGAUGAAGGAGCUUGUUGAGGCGCAUAGUGGUCACAUAUACCUUACCUCUCAAGAGGGUUUUUUGCUUGCCACUUCUACUAAUGCCCCUCUCUUGAAUAAUUCAACAAAAGGCCCUAAGCUCGUAAGGGCUGUUGAGUCAGAGGAUGAUAUCAUACGGCAAGGUGCUCAGUGGUUACAAAAGGAGUAUUCAAACAAGUUUCCUCCGAGCUAUGGAGUUCAUGAAGAGGAUAUCAAGCUUGGAGGCAAGAAAUAUUACAUCGACUCCUUUUUCUUAAAUUUGAAACGACUUCCUAUGGUGGGUGUAAUUCUCAUCCCUAGGGAAUAUAUAAUGGGGAAGGUGGAUCACAGAGCUUAUAAAACAUUGGUGAUACUUAUAUGUGCUUCCGUCUGUAUCCUGGUAAUCGGAUGUAUUUGCAUAUUGAUAUUGACUAAUGGAGUAUCCAAGGAAAUGAAACUAAGAGAAGAACUAAUAAACCAACUAGAUGCAAGAAGACGGGCAGAAGCAUCAAGCAAUUACAAAAGCCAGUUUCUAGCAAACAUGAGCCAUGAGCUGCGAACCCCUAUGGCUGCAGUGAUUGGAUUGCUGGAUAUUCUAAUUUCUGAUGAUUGCCUCACAAAUGAGCAACAUGCAACUGUUUCUCAGAUUCGUAAAUGUUCAAAUGCACUUCUCCGUCUUCUUAACAACAUUUUGGACCUCAGUAAGGUUGAAUCUGGGAAACUGGUACUUGAAGAAGCAGAAUUCAAUUUGGGUAGAGAACUUGAAGGACUUAUUGACAUAUUUUCGGUUCAGUGUAUCAACCACCAUGUAGAGACUCUUUUAGAUCUCUCGGAUGACAUGCCUAAGUUGCUUCGAGGAGAUUCUGCACGGGUGGUUCAAAUAUUUGCAAAUCUUAUCAGCAAUUCUAUCAAGUUCACAACCUCUGGCUACAUAAUCUUAAGAGGAUGGUGCGAAAAACCUGGUAGCUGCAGCAACACCGGAAGGCUUCCUCUCAAUCAAGGCUCUUCUCCAAUGGUGAAGUCAAAGCAAUUAGGAUCUUUCAUGAAAAAUCCAUACAGAAAAGAAAACAAAGUGAGACUUUGGUUUGAAGUCGAAGACACUGGCUGUGGUAUCAAUCCAAAUAAGUGGGAGUCUGUAUUUGAAAGCUUUGAGCAAGCUGACCCAUCAACUACAAGAAUGCAUGGUGGCACUGGUUUGGGCCUUUGCAUAGUACGAACCUUGGUUCGUAAGAUGGGAGGAGAUAUAAAGAUAGUUGAGAAGAAUGGGCCUGGGACAUUGAUGCAAAUAUCCUUGGUUCUUGGCUCUUCCUCGAAUAUACUUGAACAGCACAUUCAAGUAGAACUCGCUGACCAUAACUUGAUGGUACUACUUGCACUAAGUGGCAGUACAGGAAGGUUAAUUAUGUCCCAGUGGCUAGAUGAAAAGGGGGUUUCUACAUUACAAGCGUCUGAUUGGAAUGAACUAACACAGAUGCUUAGAAGGAUUUUUAAAGACAAAGGUCCACCUGGUGACAAUUUCAUUGACAUACAAAACCAGAUAGAACCAUUCACUGCUAAGGAUGUUAAACGGUCACAGAUUAUUAUAGUCGUUGAUAUUGGUUUGCUUGACUUGAGUACCAAUAUCUGGAAGGAGCAGCUGAACUGCCUCAAUAGAUAUGCAGACAAAGCAAAGUUUGCAUGGAUAUUAAAUCAUGAUACGCCUAGUUCAAUCAAGAAAGAGCUUCGAAGAAAGAGACACUUUUUGAUGGUUAACAGACCGUUGUACAAGUCAAAAAUGAUUCAAAUUUUGGAAGCUGUCAUUAAGCAAAGGGAUAUUGAAGUACAGUUAAAAAGUGAAAGUGCUUCUGAUUCAACAGAAGGGGAAAUGCAUGAAUGUCUCGAGGUGGAUCCCAUUCAUUAUGAUGCCUCUAGCUCUGAGGAUUCUGAUAAAGGCGAUGUUGGACAUUUGAGCUCUGGAAGUGCAAGUCAAACUGAGGCAACGAAAAGGCAGAGAGGUGUAAAACCAUCAUUCUCACAAUUAUCAGCAGCAAACAACUAUCUGCUUGAGUUUGAUGAAGAUGGCUUUCCUGAAGGUAACCGUGACAGUCAGAGAGAUUUUGAUGACAACAGAAACACUUUGAUCAGCAGCAGCUCUGAAGAAAGGAAGGAUGUGCAUUUUGCAAAGAAUUCGAGUGAUCAGAAAUCACUAGAAGGAAUUAAAAUCCUCCUUGCAGAAGAUACACCAGUUCUUCAGAGAGUGGCUACAAUAAUGCUGGAAAAAGUAGGAGCUAGAGUGAUGGCUGUCGGAGAUGGAUUACAGGCAGUAAACACUCUCAAAUCCUCUCUAAACGCAGAAGGAUGCUGCACAACAUCUCCCUUACCCGAAGGAGCAGCAAGUAUUAUAACUCCAACUCUAAGCCGGAAUUUCCCUCCAUUUGACUUAAUUCUGAUGGACUGUCAGAUGCCACAGAUGGACGGUUAUGAAGCAACAAAAGAGAUUCGAAGAUUGGAAUCAGGAACAAGUGUCCACAUUCCAAUUGUUGCACUGACAGCCCACGCAAUGUCGUCUGAUGAGGCCAAAUGCUUGGAGGUGGGCAUGGAUGCUUAUCUAACAAAGCCAAUUGACUACAAGCUUAUGGUAUCUACCAUUCUAUCACUAACCCGCAAAGCGGCUUGAGCUUUUUUUUGUACCCCAUCAUUUCUGAUGAUUCGCGUUAGCCUAUAGCAAGCACAGGUUUAUACAGUCAUACUAGUAAAAUAAUAACAGUAGUGACUGAGCUUAUUAGCAUGUUUUGUAGAAAGCAAAAGUUGUACAUAAUUGAUCCUUCAUACCUCCUGUAAAUGUUGUAACUGUAAUGCGAUAUACUGGUAAGUAUGCAUUACUAGCACAGUUGAAUGUUAACUGAUGUAAAAUGUAAAUAAUGCAUUUGACCUGUAUACAUAUGUAAUCUCAUUUCAAUACCUUGUUUGCAUUAGGCCUUUAAUUGAGGAACAUCCAUUGGACCUGUGUGGGUCGGGUCGCAACCCAUUAGAUACUGGCCCAUUUUAUUAUUAA